CAUCUGCACAUCAGAUCGAGGCGUGGCCAGUCUGAGUUAACAGGUGGGCGAGUCUGUACAGCUGCAGUCACACUUCAUCCUCAGGAUACAUACUGCUGCACCGGUUCUCUCUCCGUUAGACUAUCUCACAUCUGCAUCAAAAUGCCCAAGUGCCCAAAGUGCCAGAAGGAAGUAUACUUCGCUGAGAGGGUGACAUCACUUGGCAAGGACUGGCAUAGGCCCUGUCUGAAGUGUGAGAAGUGCAACAAGACACUGUCGGCAGGCUCACAUGCAGAGCAUGAGGGCAAGCCAUACUGUCACAAGCCCUGCUAUGGUGCAAUGUUUGGACCUAAAGGAUUUGGACAUGGUGGCACAGAGAGCCACACAUAUAAAUAAAGAGGUGCUGUAAAAUGUUGCCUGGAAACUAGAUCGCAGACGCCAGCAUGGUCACACAAGUCCCAACAAUAAUAAGCAGCAUACAACCUGUGGUCUCAUCAGAAGCUACAUGUUGUGUGUUGUAUUUGAUGUCUCUGAUCUGUGUUUUCUGAAGAUGGAUUGUAUAUUCCCAUGAUAGAACAAGAGAGGAGGUUUUCCUCCAAGUAUCUUCCUUUUCUCAAGGUGGAAAAUCUGAAUAAACAUUUUUAAAAUUUG